GAUCGCAAUGUCGAACUCUACAUCCCCUUCACGCGUCAAAUCGCGGGCUCUUGGUCUAACGUCUUCAAGACAGACCUCUUCGCAUCCUUCGAGAACGCGACAACGGGGUUCAUUGCGAAGCUCAUCACGGAAGUCGAGGCCUCCGCCGCGCCUGGCCUCAAGGGCCGUGCUAUGGGCCAAGGCGAGCUAUGCAUGGAAGAGGCCCACCUCGCUUUGCGCGAGACCCUUGACGUCGUGAACGAGACGAUGACAACCGAACGGAAGGAUGUCAGUCGU